CAUAUUAACAUGAUACUCUUUCUGUAGAAUCGUGUGUGGCAGCGUGAUCAGCGUGACAUGCAUCCUUUGCAGCCCGACAACCUUUACUCUCAUGAGAUGGUCUGUCCUUGUGAAAUGAUUGACAAUCCAAUAAAUGCUGUAUCAACCAAAUUUGUACGCACAGCCACCAACAAGAUUCGAUGUCCAAUUUUUUGCGUUGUGUGGACUCCUGAAGGACGUCGACUAGUAACCGGUGCAUCCAGCGGGGAGUUUACACUUUGGAAUGGCAUGACUUUCAACUUCGAAACUAUCUUACAGGCACACGAUUAUCCAAUUCGUUCCAUGGUUUGGAGUCACAACAACCUCUGGUUGAUGAGUGGAGAUCACAUGGGCUAUGUGAAAUAUUGGCAGUCAAAUAUGAACAACGUUCGCAUGUUCCAAGCACAUGUUGACCAAGCAAUAAGGGAAAUAACGUUUUCACCAACUGAUUCUAAAUUUGCUACCUGUUCAGAUGAUGGAUCUGUUAGAGUUUUUGAUUUCUUUCGCUGCCAUGAGGAGAGGAUCUUGAGAGGGCAUGGUGCUGAUGUCAAGUGUUUAGAUUGGCAUCCACAGAAGAGUAUAAUUGUCUCAGGAAGCAAAGACAGUCAACAACCAGUCAAACUGUGGGAUGCGAAGAGUGGGUUGAGCUUGGCUACAAUACAUGCCCACAAAAGUACUGUCAUGUCUGCCAAAUGGAAUCGCAACGGUAACUGGUUACUGACAGCUUCAAGGGACCAUCUGGUGAAGGUGUUUGACCUGCGAGCAAUGAAAGAGAUGAGCAUCUGCAGAGGUCACAAGAAGGAGGCCACCUGUGUAGCUUGGCAUCCUUAUUUUGAAGACAUUUUUGCAAGUGGUGGAUCAGAUGGAUCACUAUUAUACUGGCAAGUUGGGCAUGAGAAGGAAGUCGGUGGAAUAGAGCAAGCCCACGAUAGCAUUGUCUGGAGUCUGGCUUGGCAUCCUCUUGGUCAUAUACUCUGCUCCGGAUCUAAUGACCACUCUACAAAAUUUUGGACACGGAAUAGACCAGGUGAUAAGAUGAGAGAUAAGUACAACUUAAACACCUUGCCGCAGGGGAUGUUUGAUGAUGCCGAGUAUGAUGAUGACAAUGUGACACUACCAGCUAUUCCAGGAAUGGGUCUCGAUCAGAGCACAAAGGAAAUGCAGGAAGAAGAGGACCCUGCUUUUGCUGCCGUUAUUCCUGGCCUGGACUCUUCAGCCGAGGAACUUGCCCAACUCAAACCAACACCCCAACGCAAAGUACCAUAUGCCAAGCCUAUUCCGGCUGAUUUUCAAAGAAAAUGGGAAGCAAAAAAAGCUCCAGGAAUUGCACCAAAGGAAGUGCUUGACAAGGAAGUUUCACAAGGUCAAAAAGUUGAAACUGAUAAAGAUGGUACCAGUCCCACUAAGCACAGCAGUCACACUCAGAAAAGUAACACUCCUCAAGCAGCCUCAGGCCCUACAAUGAACUCUUCAAAGAAACCUCAAAUUAAUUCAGGUCCUUUGCAGCAAGGCCCUGCUGGUAAAAAAAUGCCACCUCCUACAAGCCAGCCCAAACCCGGUCUGCUUGGUACACAUCCAACAUCUGUACCGCCAAGUGAUGGUCCUAAGACUGGUCUCUUAGGUGCAGCACCUCCUCAACCGGACACACCUGUACAUGAUGCUGGACCAUUAGGAGGUGAUGUAGACAUGCGACAUAGGUUGUCAGAUGUGGACAUGAGAAAUGUACCUAUAAGUGGGCUGGGAAGACCUAUUGAGGGUAGGCUUGAUGGUCCACCUAGGGAUGGUCCACAUAGGGAUGGGCCACCUAGGGAUGGAGCACCUUGGGAUGGGCCACCUAGGAAUGGGCCACCAAGAGAUGGUCCACCUAGGGAUGGGCCACCUAGAAAUGGGCCACCUAGAGAUGGUCUUCAUCACAAUGGACCACCUGGGGAAGGCCCACAUUUUAAUUUACCAUCUAGAGAUGGUCCUCACCAGGAGGGGCCACCAAGGAAUGACCCAGCUGGCCCCCCACGUGAUCGUGAUAUGAGAUCAAAUCCUCCGUUUCACGAUGAGGAUCUUCGGCCAUUUUCUUCCGGUCAUGGUGAACCACCUCGUGAUUUUGACGCUAGAGGCUUCCGCAGUCCUCCUAGAGAUGAAGAUCUGAGAGGUGCAAGGCUUCAACCGUUUAGGGGUCCUGGACAGCCAGGAACAGGAGAUCAUCGGCAUGACAUUCCUCGGGAUAUGGACUUGAGAAUGGAUAAUUUUGAAAAUAAUGAUCAUAGGACUUUUAUGCAUGGUGGAAUGAACAAGGAUGACCAUGAAUUAUAUCACGGACGGUUACAUGCUAGAGGUGGUAUCCAUCAUGGAGGUCAGAGGCCAGGGGUCGGCAGAGGUGAACCAGAGCCAAAGCAUGAGCAGAGAUAUUCCAUUGAUCGAGCCUUUUCUCAAGAACAUGAUGGACUGCCACACAGAGGGGUUAAAAGAGGUUUUAAUGAAGAGAGAGAAAGAGGUCCAGGAAUGGGAAGAGGGUUUCCUAGAGGUGGUGGAUAUCAAGGUGGAAGAGGUGCCCCAAGGGGUGGAGGACCAUGGAGGAAUGACAAUAUGGGUAGAGGGAAUUAUAGGGGAAAUUAUAGGGGUGGAAGGGGAAGAGCAAGGUGAAAGCAACUUUCAAUUUGUACAGUUUUAAUCUCACUGAAGUAAGGGAAGAGAAGCAUCUGGUUACUUAUACCCGAUUCACAUGUGAAGUUAAAUUUAACAAAAAGUAACGAAUUGUAACCGAGCCAUCUCCCGAGUUAUUCCCAAGAUUUAUAGCAUUCACACGCGUCUGUAAGGUAAUGCUAAGGUCGU